AUGUGGCCGUAUAUCGAAUUCGAUCGUAUGGAAAGCUAUUAUGUAGUUGGGUCCACUGUUGUGGUGAUAUAUGAUUGGGCUCUGACAUUCGAACGAGAGGUUGAACUAGUCUGGAAGCGACGCUGGUCCGUCAUGAGUGUCUUAUAUCUCGCUUUGCGCUAUGGUGGAAUACUAUAUGCUGUCCUCGAUAUACCGGGCACGUUUUUCGAUUUCGAACAAUGGUGGACAUUUACCAUCGCAAACAUCAUCCUGGGUGUGAUCAUGAUCGCUCGGUUGCAUGCCAUGUAUCAGCGAUCGAGAAAAAUACUCAUCUUUCUCGUUGUAUUCUUCCUUACCGUGGUGAUUACUAGCGCAGUAAUCACGGUGAUACAAAGCUCGCAUCUUACAGGAGAGGAGCUCGUUCUCUCCGGUACUCAUCAGUGCAAUUACGAGGGGAAUAGCUUUCUUCUAUCAGCUGUCACUUGGAUACUCGGCACUGUAUGGGAAGCCCUUGCAUUGUAUCUUUCAGUCCGUAUUGCUAUAAAGCAUCUCCGCGAACGACUAUCGACAGGAUCGAUUAUUGAGGACUUUUUCACGAUGUUAAUAAAAAGUCAUGUAUUUUACUUUGCAAGCUUUGUUGCUGUUGCUUCCUUCCGCAUUAGCUUCGCCUCUCCAAAUCUACUGGUGGGCCCAUCCGCUGCUGGCUCAUAUCCAUCUGACUGCUCCUCGAUUGUGCAGAACGAAAGUUCUGUGGGAGCUGAGCUUUAUUACGCUGUUGCGCUACUUUCCUCGCUCUUGCAGAUGUUUUUACUGGGACCGCGCCUGGUGCUCAGCGUUCGAGAACACAGCACUAGGCUUGUGGUUGACUCCGACAGAGCAACUGUCAUGACUACGAUUGUAUUCCAGGAGUGCACACCCGUGUCGACUGAUGGUGGUGUGUAA